AGGGAAAAAAGUGAGGGGCUCGUGCGCCUAGGUUUCUAUUCCGACCUGUCCUCGCGCCGCUCUCACAGGAGCCUCAGUCCAGAGCCGCCGUCCCUCCGUCUGUGUCCGGAUCUGCCGAGUCCCUUUUACCCGCUGCUGCUGCUGCCGAGAGCCCCGAAAAACAGGAACCAUGGAGGCCAUCAAGAAGAAGAUGCAGAUGCUGAAGCUCGACAAGGAGAACGCGAUUGACCGGGCAGAGCAGGCUGAGGUCGACAAGAAGGGAGCAGAGGACAAAUGCAAACAGCUGGAGGAAGAGCUGCUGGGUCUGCAGAAGAAGCUGAAAGGCGUGGAGGAUGAGCUGGACAAAUACUCCGAGUCGCUGAAGGACGCCCAGGAGAAACUGGAGCAGGCAGAGAAAAAGGCCACAGAUGCCGAGGCAGAGGUGGCGUCUCUGAACAGGCGCAUCCAGCUGGUGGAGGAGGAGUUGGACAGAGCUCAGGAGAGACUGGCCACUGCUCUGCAGAAGCUGGAGGAGGCGGAGAAAGCAGCAGACGAGAGUGAGAGAGGAAUGAAGGUCAUAGAGAACAGAGCGACCAAGGACGAGGAGAAGAUGGAGAUCCAGGAGAUGCAGCUGAAGGAGGCCAAACACAUCGCUGAGGAGGCCGACCGCAAAUAUGAGGAAGUCGCACGUAAGCUGGUGAUCCUUGAGGGCGACCUGGAGCGAUCAGAGGAGCGAGCUGAGGUGGCUGAGGCUAAAUCAGGUGACCUUGAGGAAGAGUUGAAAAAUGUCACCAACAACUUGAAGUCACUGGAAGCCCAGGCUGAGAAGUACUCGCAGAAGGAGGACAAAUACGAGGAGGAAAUCAGAGUUCUCACAGACAAACUGAAAGAGGCUGAGACUCGUGCUGAGUUUGCAGAGAGAUCUGUGGCCAAGCUGGAGAAGACCAUCGACGACCUGGAAGAGAAUCUGGCCCAGGCCAAAGAGGAGAACCUGGACAUGCACCAGGUGUUGGACCAAACUCUUCAGGAGCUCAACAAUCUAUAGAGACACAUACAGACCUGACUGAGCACAACAACAAAGGAAACACAAUUUAAAAACAAAUAUAAAAGUUUUCUUUAUAAACUCCCAGCAUUCAUACAGUAGAUAUACAGUUAGUGUAAAAUCAGUUUAAAACACUCAAACUAAACAUCGUAGAAACACCGAAAACAACAAAACCUCAACGACCAGUAGAACAAACUAAUAUUUGUUGCCUUUAAAUGGUGUUUAUGAGAGUUUACCGCCUUUACCGCCGUCGCGUUGUCAUGUUUUCAAAGGUGGAUAGUACGUUGAUUUGUGUGUAUGUUUAAUUUCUACGAGGAAAGCAACGGUGUUCUCUCACGACUUCACCAUUUCAACGCCAAGUAGAUCGCAGACAAAAAUCCAGAAAACGUCAUCAAUUGACCAAGUAAUUUCAGGUUUUUUAAGUGUAAAAUAGUGAAUUUUUGUUGCUUUAAUUGAAAAUAUGGUGUAAACAUUUGAAUAAAGUUAUUUAUAACAAGUAAAAAUAAGUGAUAAUAAAUGUAAAUUUACUAUGUUUGACAGUACAUUGGCAAGGCAACUGUGUUUGUAUAGCAGUAUUCAUACACAAGGCAACUCAAAGUUGAGAUUUACAAAGCAUAGAAAUACACAAGAAUAAAAUUAGAAAUUAAAAGAGUCAUUAAAAUCAUGAGAGACAAAAGUGAUUUGCCAUAAAAAAAAUGUGCAUUUUAAAGACAAGAAUGAAUCAAUAACUAAGAUGAUUAUUUAAGAAUUUAAGAAAAAGGCCUGAUUUAAAUAAGAGUGACAGUCUGAGCUCAGACCUCAGGUGUUCAGGAGCAGAAGAACUGAACGCUGCUUCACUUUGUUUGGUUCUGCAUGUGGGAAACACUCUGUAAACUUGGGGCUCUGGAUGCUUCAUAGGGAACUAAUAAGUCUUUACAUUUUCAAAUCUAUCCUUUGACUCACGGGAAGCCAGUGUUCUCUACACUGGCUUCCUGAGGACUGGUCUGGCGUGAUUAGUCAGGUUGUAAACACCAUUUAAAGGCAGCUGUGUUGAAAGUUGACAUGAAUGAUGUGCUGGGAGCUGUAACCUUGAUUUUAACAUGGAAGAAAAAAUCUUUCUGAAAUAAUAAACUUCAUUCCAACAUGUA